GGGUGGGAUUCGAGGAGAAGUGUUGGGACAGGAAAGUCAAGGUUGGCGAGGUGGGUUGGGUGAGCGCUUAUCCCAACUCCGCCACUCAGACGCAAACGUUUCCCUCCCCGACCCUGGCCGGGUCCCCACACACCAGGGCUUAGGAUCUAAGCUGGGACCCAACCCGGACCGGCAGCGGGGUCCCUUCCCCCUCUCCCGCUGCGGCGGCGGCGGCGCUGGAGACGGACGGAGGGAGGGGCAGGGGCGGCAUCCGCGGUUGUCCCCGCCCGCCACUCGCCCGCGCGAGCUUCCCCGCGCCGCGCUCCCGCCGCAGCCGCGCUUCUCCGCUCCAGCGAGCGAGCGAGCGGGCGAGGCCAUCGCCGGGGCCGGGCCGCUUCCUUCUCGCCACCGCGGUGUCCUGAGGUGGGCUCCGGUCGCGAUGGCAGAGGCUGAGCGGGGCUGAGCCCGCCGCCGCCCGCAACCCAAGGGGCCCUCUUGAGUCCCUGCCAUGGCGAAGCAGUACGAUGUGCUGUUCCGGCUGCUGCUGAUUGGGGACUCCGGGGUGGGCAAGACCUGCCUGCUGUGCCGCUUCACCGACAACGAGUUCCACUCCUCACACAUCUCCACCAUCGGUGUCGACUUUAAGAUGAAGACCAUCGAAGUCGACGGCAUCAAAGUGCGGAUACAGAUUUGGGACACAGCAGGGCAGGAGAGGUACCAGACCAUCACGAAGCAGUACUAUCGGCGGGCCCAGGGAAUAUUUUUAGUCUAUGACAUUAGCAGCGAGCGCUCCUACCAGCACAUCAUGAAGUGGGUCAGUGACGUGGAUGAGUAUGCCCCGGAAGGAGUCCAGAAGAUCCUCAUAGGAAAUAAGGCUGACGAAGAGCAGAAGCGGCAGGUGGGGAGAGAGCAAGGGCAGCAGCUGGCUAAGGAGUAUGGCAUGGACUUCUACGAAACAAGUGCCUGCACCAACCUCAACAUCAAAGAGUCCUUCACUCGUCUGACGGAGCUGGUGCUGCAGGCCCACAGGAAAGAGCUGGAUGGUCUCCGAACACGUACCAGCAAUGAGCUAGCAUUGGCAGAACUGGAGGAAGAAGAAGGCAAACCUGAGGGCCCAGCGAACUCUUCAAAGACCUGCUGGUGCUGAGGAUCCUGUGUGGAAUCCCCCCGCGACUCCCUUCCCUCAGGAGGCCCGUGGAAGCAGGGGAGCCUGGGCUUUGCCUACUGCUGUCCUUUCUUUGAUGACCCUGUUGAAAAUCAGUAGCUGCUGCACUCCUGCCUGGCCCCGUGAGCAGCUCUGCUGUGGCCUCUGAGCAGCCUGUGCCCCCAGCCCCUCCUGGAAUGGUGACCUUCAGCCUGUUUCCCAGCCACAGGCCCGCUGUGAUCCCAGAAUGUGCUGUGACCAUCUCGCCACCCCACGCUCCUGGGACAAUGGUCAAGGCUGGAGUCAAGGUCACUUAAAGACUCAUUUCUUAGUGCAUCUCGAGUACUCUGCUUUUUCUCUUCUUUCUACUCUUCCUCCACCCACUUCCCUCCAGUGUAUUUGGCAUCCCUGUCUCUUUUCCUCCUUUGCCUGUGUGUCCCGCUGUGUGGCUGCUAUUGCAGGUCCUCCCUCCCUCCCUCCCUCCCUCCCUCCCUCCCUCCCUCCCUCCUUCCCUCCCUCUCUCCUCCCUCCCUUCUUUCCUUUUCCUUCCUUCCUGACUCUGGCUAAGGGAAUGGACCCAGGCUCUGCCCCAGGGAGGAUGAGCCACCCUGCUCUGGGGUGAGCUGAAGGGCUAUGGGUGCUGCUUCUUCCCCCUCCCCACCGCCCCUCCUUGUGCCACGGGCUGCCUCCCCAGUGACCUGGGAAAGUAGACCACUGAGAUAGGAAGAAAACACUACCUGGUGGGCCUCAGGCCUGGGCUGGCUUCCUCUGCCUUCGCUUUUUGCCUGGCUUUGUACAGGCCUCUGUGAGGAACUGGGUCUCUGUGAGCAGAGAAAAAACCAAAAGGAUGAGGAGUGGCAGGGACAAGUCAUCUCUAUUCUACCUCCCGUGCAGCGAGUACCUGGCCUCUUCAUCUAGAUUCCCGAAUUUAAAGAUGAGGAUCAAGGCCUGAGGACACUAAGGGGCAGGGGCAGUCCUGGGGUCAGACACUGCAUGGUCAGCCAUUAACUCUAGACAAAGGUUAAAGCAGUUGUGAAGGGCUUGCUCCUAGAUAGAAAGGUUAGGACAAGGGCAGAGCGCGCUGCAGGAAACGGAUUGUAGCAGCAGCGGGGGACCUCUUGUGUAAGACUAUUUCCCCAGACUCCCCGGCAAAGGUGAGUCUUUUACUGAACCCAGCCUUCAGAAGUUAAGAUUUUCCUGGGUCCCAGAGUCUGUGGGCAAUAGGUCUUAAAACGUGGGGAGAGAGAGCAGCCAAGGACCGAAGUACUUGGUGCCGGUCUGCCUUCCAAGAUUCCCUCCUCUUGCCCUCUCACUGGUAAGUAGGCUUGUAGCAUUGCCAACUGCCGAGUAGCUACCAAGGGAGGAAAAAGGAUGCUCUCCUCCAGAGGUCCAUGCUCAGGAAGUUUCUUUAACUCCCUGUGGUCCAAGGAUAGCUUGAAGGAGGCCCCUACAAGAAGCAAAAGCCCACGCUAGGGGUCGUCCUCACAUUCCCCAAGGUGGGAGGAGCUCAGGUAAGAGAAUAGUCCCAAGAUGCACUGCGUGGCUGGGGCUGGAUCCAAAGCAAAAACAAAAACAAAUCUGGGCCCUGACUGAGCUUUUACCAACCAAGGACCUUUCAAAUCCAGGGCGCAGAUGUGAAGAUAAAGGGCCCCACACCCUUUCAGUCCUCCAGGAAGGGAGAUGGGGAUGGACUCACGGGAAAUUUCUUCCUGACUUAGCAAACUAGGAAACGGGGCAGCAGGAGAGGGCAGCUCAGGCUUUCUGUGGAAUUGUUCAUUGAGGAAGGUAGGGAGCUGGCUCUAAGACUGGACCAUGACUGACUGGGUGGCUCCUUUGGGGACUGACUCCUGGGUAGCAAGAUUUAGGUAGCAUCACACAGCAGGUGGACAGGCCUGCCUUCAGCCAGGGGUCUGAGAGAAUUUACACAGGGCACUGGUUCUAACCUCUGGCAAGCAUCACUGUCUUGCUAUCCUAGCACCUCAAGAAAGAACUUGAUUCCACGACCCUCAGGGUUCUGAAAGGGAAAACAUGGGGUUGGGUUCUGUGGACUCUGAUGUAUGGCAGAAGGAUAGCUGAGAUUCUGGAGUGCAUCUGUGGUCACUCCAUUCCUGAAUUUGCCUCACCCCACCUGCUAUUCUGGGUGGCUUGGGCUGUGUCAUUGGCCCUGACUGUUCGGCAGGCUUGCCUGGCCUGUCUGCGCAUGAGAGAUCAAUUCACCCUGGUCCACAGCCUGAGCCCCCUAUCUCCCUGUGACAGGUGAACUUCUUCUUCUUCUUCUUCUUCUUCUUCUUCUUCUUCUUCUUCUUCUUCUUCUUCUUCUUCUUCUUCUUCUUCUUCUUCUUCUUCUUCUUCUUCUUCCUCCUCCUCCUCCUCCUCCUCCUCCUCCUCCUCCUCCUCCUUCUUCUUUUUCUUCUUCUUCUUUUUUUGGUUUUUCAAGACAGGGUUUCUCUGUAGCUUUGGAGCCUGACCUGGAACUAGCUCUGUAAAGGAGGCUGGUCUCGAACUCACAGAGAUCCGCCUGUCUCUGCCUACUGAAUGCUGGGAUUAAAGACGUGCGCCACCACCGCCCGGCUGUGAUGAGUGAACUUUGUGUACUGUGUCUUGGGUCCAUUAUAUGAAUUGUGAGCAGGAUUCAUCUAUUUUAAACACAAAUGUUUACAAAAAUAAAGAAUAU